AUGGAGAUUGUACCGGAAAUCGAGAACGAUGCGUCUCUGGACACAGAAGAAACCAGAAACGAUCGCCUCGAGAAUGGGCCAACUCCUAGCGAAGACGAGACCGAGUGCGAGGUGCCUGACGAACAGCCUGCCGGAUUAUUGCAGGUCUCUGACCAAGCCUUCCUAGAAAGCCCGUCUGUGUUUGAGCCGAUUCAAAAAGCCAGCCCUGGGGCACCCGUUACCCGAUCGCCCUCUUGCUGGGAUCUUUCAGAUCAACAAGCAGAAAGUUUGCUUUUCCCAGACACAAAUGGGGUGGAAGACCUGGACGGCGAGAGUUCCGGAAAUAGGGAAGAGGUGACUACAAGCGUACCGUCUUCCUCGACUUUGGGCUCGCAACUAGCAUCUCGAGAAACCGCUAUGACCUCUCGGGAAGCCAGCAGUGUGAGCAUAGCUGAAGCUGCCUCGAUCGUCCAAGUCCAGAGGUCUAGCAACACACAAGCGAAACGGCUGCGUAUCGGGAGUCCGAAGUGGUACUAUACGUCGUCGUCACCAUCAAGCAGCGAGCGUUGA